CGAUGAAGGACGAAACAUCUGAGGCGAACCAGUGAGUUGACGGUGGCGAGAGGAGGAACAGAGAAGUCGUUCUGCAAUCAACAGCCCCUGGCAGAGAGAUAUUCCAACAGAGAGAGAGAGAGAGAGAAGACUCGCAAAUAUUAUUUAAGCAGUCUACGAGUGUCUGAGAAUAUUUUUGAUAAGAAGAGAGGCUGGCGGCAAGAUGGCCAACGCACUACGAGCGAGGCUUCUCGGGAAGAACUCUGCCUUUCUUGGAAUAUCCCAUGUCUUCCCCUCCUCACGUCGCGUCAUCUCCUCCUCACGUCCCGUCAUCUUCUCCUCACGUUCUGUUCUCCCUGGAGCUUCUUCUGGCCCCUGGAGGUCCCGGGAAAUGUCCUCCAUAGCCGGAGUGGCGCCCUCGCUGGCCACGACAGACUCCCACUCUCUCCCUCGGCCACACUCUGAGAUCCCGGGUCCCAGGUCAUGGCCGCUGCUGGGGACCUUACCUGCCGCAUACUCCGACCCAGAUUAUGAUGUUUCACGGAUCCCACGUCUCUGGAGAUCCUAUUUCAAGAAAUACGGACCAAUUUUCAAGCUGAAUCUUCUUGGGCAGGGAGACGUUAUUUUCAUCUCUGAUCCCACUGACAUUCAACAUCUCUACAGAGAGAUGGCUGACAAUCCAACUAGGCCAAUUUUAGAUUCUCUUAGAAAAAUUCGCAUGAAGAACAAGGCUAAAUUUUUUAAGACAUCUGGAACAGGCGUCCUUACCGAGCAGGGUGAGGACUGGUGGCGGGUGAGGAGGCUAGUGCAGGUGCACUCCAUGAGGACCAAAAACGUGGUUCAGUACCUGCCACAGGUCGACCAGGUGGCCCAAGAGUUCGUCGCCAGGUCAGCCGGUCAACGGGACCACAAGAAUGAGCUUCCUGGCGAUUAUGUCGAAGAGUUGUUUAAAUGGGCUUUGGAAUCCUUGUGCCUUGUGGCCCUCAACAAGAGGAUAGGGUGCUUAGAGAACAGUGAGGAGGGACAGAACAUCAUCCGGUCAUCCAUCAGCAUGAUGGAAGCCUCUGGGGACUGUGAGUUCGGCAUCCACCUGUGGAAGUACUUCCCCACAGCGCCGCUGAGACGCAUGUGGAAGGCCCACGACAACCUCCUAGAUGUGAUCUUGGAGAAGGUUGGCCAGGCUAAGAAGGACCUCGAAGCCCGUGACCCCGAGGACUUGGGCGAGCUGAACAUCUUGGAGUCUCUCCUCACCACUCCGGGUCUCUCGCUCGAGGACGUUAUCACCUUCAUGGUCGACCUCUUCUUCGCCGGGAUUGACACGACAUCGAUGACGUCGGUGUUUACCAUGUACUACUUGGCCCGGCACCCAGAUAAGCAGGCCAGACUACAGCAGGAACUGGACCAGGUGCUGGGAGACGGGAGCCAGGCUCUCACUUCCCAUCAUAUCGCCAAACUCACUUACACAAAAGCCUGUGUGAGGGAGGCACUAAGGCUGCAGCCAGUAACGCCAAUUGUGACCCGUCAAACCGACAAGCCCGUAACACUUCAGGGCUACAGAGUGAACGCUGGGACUCACAUAUACGUCAGCAUUGAAGAGUCCAGCCUGAGAGAGGAAUACUUCCCUCGGGCGACGGAGUUUAUACCAGAGCGCUGGCUGAGGGAAAAUCCAGAUCGUCUCACUAACCAGUUUGCCUCCAUCCCCUUCUCCGUGGGCACUCGCAUGUGUGUGGGCCGGAGGCUGGCCGAACAGGAGGUCUACGUGUUACUCGCCAGGAUGUUUUCGAAGUAUAACUUGGAGUACAAGUACGAUGUGUGGGACCCAGUGUUCAGGGUGCUCUAUAAGCCCGACAAGCCACAGACCUUUACCAUGACCGAGCGAUGAAGAGCUUUUAUCCUCUCUCUUUUCAGAUCCCCUCUCUAAAUCAUGUACUUUUGCUGAAAUAGUUUCAUAGUGUUUCCCACAAGAAUGUAUUCUAUUACUCAAAAAAAUAAAAAAAAUUGUGGUAUAUCUAUAACAAAAAAAAAAUUAUAGCCAUAUGAUGGGACUAAAAAUGCAUCCCUGAGGAGUUCAGCGACGCAGAUUCAAUCCUGUUGUAUGGCUUCUCAUAACCAUUCUACUCGUCACAACAAAAAUGAGAAUGAUACAUGUGAAGACUCCCAACCUACCCCUCUGAAAACAGAGAAAUUAAUGACACUUAGGUCCGUCCUUAACCGUUCAGGGAAGGGACGUCCUGAGUCGUCAUUUACCCUAUUUUCAGAUGUUUGGCUUGGGUGUCUAAUUUUCAACCACGUUAUUGUGACUUCAUGUCUGCAUUAACUUUUAAAUUUGUUGACAAUUUAUCGUAUAUUUUUAUUACUCAAUUUCUUUUCUGGUAUGUGUUGGCUUAGUUCCUAGUUUGCACAUUUUAGACUAAGUAUCUAUAGUAUUAACUUUAAUUCACAAUGUAGUGAUUAUACACAUGUGAAUAUAACUAUGUGAGUAAGGAUGUUGCAGGGACGACUGUAACAGGUAAAUCAUGGUACAGUAGAUGCAUGUGCAGGUUGAUGACAUUGGAUGAGUAACAGUCAGCAACGAUAACACAGGAUGAGUAAGUUAGUGGUGAUAACAUAGGAUAAGUAAUAGUCAGUACAGUGAUAACACAGGAUGAAUACAGCAAUAAACAAGGAUCGGUAACAGUCAGUAGUAAUAACAUAGCAUGAUCAGUAGUGAUAACAUUGCAUGAUUAAGUCAAAGGUGAUAACAUUACAUAACUAAGUCAGUGGUGAUAACAUGGAUGAGUAUGAAUUAGUAAUGUUAAAACAGGACGAGUAAAAUAUAAUAGUGAUAACACUGGAUGAGUAAGUCACUAGAGAUCACAUAGGAUGAGUAACAGGUCAUUAUCCAGAAUGGUAAAGAUAUACUCACUCUUUCCUCUCAGUGGAAUCCACUAAGUCUUCUCUGAAUACUCUUUAUUUUCCUAUUAGAGGCUGUCCCAACUAUUGCACCAUAUACACUGAUUUAUUUGUUUAGAAAUAUUACACAUGUAACAUUUCAUGUUAAACUUCUCUAUGCGUUUAACGAAUCAAAAUAAAACAUUAAAAAGUA